CACACACACCGAGCAGAGCCACCCUAAAGAGGGCCGGGCUUCUUCCUCAUGAACCCUCUCUGCUCGGAGUCGUCACCUCAGGUCACACACCGGCCUCGCAGGUUCCCCCCCGCCGUCCACCAUGAUGCUCUACCUGCUCCUUCCUCUCCUGAUCGCAGGUGUUAAAUCACAAACUGCCAACGUGACGGUGGAAGAGCGGAGCGGAGCCGAGAGGAAUCAAACCUACGGUGUCUCCGCCAACGAAAACGUGACGUCCAUUUUGACCCCAGAGGAGAAGAGUCUCAUCGAGGAGGAGCUGGAAAAUGAGAACCUGACGUUUAUCACGGAGGACGACGAGAGGUUUCAGGACCAGGACACGCCCUCUGCUCACAGGCGCUGUGAUCACCUCCUGCUGGUUUACGGCAGUCACGAGUACUGUGGAGGACCUUUUCACAACGAGAUGUCCAACAUCAGCUCAGAGGACUGGUGCCACCUGGAGCACGUCAGCAGGCCGUACAGCGAGCUCACGCGGUGUCUGGAGAAGCUGUCCAACUUGACCGACUGCUUCUAUCCAAACCAGGACACCCAGGACUUCUUCAUCUUCAUCCACUCCAAGUACUUCCACAACUGCAGCAACGAGGAGCUGCUGUUUGAGGACGCGCCGCACUGGUUGGUGAUGGUCCUCACGCUCAUCCCAGUCAGCAUCAUCCCAGUCCUCGUCUACCUGGUGGUUUGGAAGAGCAAAGUCCAGGAGUGAGACGGGGACACGUCCACCUCACAGAUGAUCUGCUGUGAGUUUUUUAACUGAACAGAAACAAUUCAAUGAAACUUUAUUAAAUAAACAGUUAAUCUUUUUAAGUGUGGAAGAAGUUUAGUUCCUGUGAGGAAGUGACGCUGUGCACGGAGGCGCUGGCGUGUGGAAACAGGAAACAGGAAGUGAUGCCCAAACCCUCUAUUGUCUAAAGUAUAUAUGUGUUGGAGCUUUGAGAUUUUCCAUCGGUCCAUUACUGCAGUUUAUACAGAUACUGCGGGUGUGAGUGAAAUACACUGAAAUACAGUGAAUACUUGUGUUUAAAAUAGAAAUUAAGUCUAGAAUAUCUGUUGAUUCCAUGAUAUGUACAGAAAUACAUACAUGAACUGAAUAUAUGUUUGACUACAUUAUGUGUUGAAAAGUCUCGUGAUUCAGUUUAAAGUUUAUUGCUUCAUCGUCUCUGAUUUUAUACUUUCGAUAUUUUUACAGGCACCAGAAUGACUCAUCAAAAGUAUAAAAAACUAUAUUCACACGUUUGGAAUCUGUGAUCUGAGAUGACACAGUGUGAGAUUUCUAAGAAAAGCUCAUUGAUGUAGAAAGUGUUGGUUCCUGGUAUUACUGUGCAGACCCGUGUGUGUGUGUGUGUGUGUGUGUGUGUGUGUGUGAGUGUGUGUGUGUGUGUGUGUGUGUGUGUGUGUCUGCUGUCUUUGCGACGUGCUCCUGGACGUUGAAGCUCAGUUUCAGGUUGAGUCCUCACAAGUGUAGAAACACACUCUGACCCCCUGAAGAUAAAAGCCUCCGUGAUAAUGUUGCUUCCUGCUGAGUCGUAAACAGGCGAUGAAGAUAAAGAGGAAGAGGAACCAUUAGCACAGAGUGUCGCGGCUGGUCCUCUGUAUGCAGCACACACACAGACACACACACACACACAACUUUCUGUGAUGUCCCUCAGCAGAAUGACGUCGCUUAAAAGUCCUUUAAAUUCUGUUUGGACGUAUUUCUAAAAGUAUUAAAGAUUCAUAUAAACUAUUGUGUCUACCCUGAAUCCACAGGUGUGUAACCUCCCAUGAAACCACAUUCAAAUUCACUACAGAUUCAAAUUUUUAAUUGGAUUUGCACAAAUUUACACAAACUCAUAAAUAUCAGUCGCGUUAUUAAGGUAUGAAAAUCAAGCAAACAAAAAACAUCCUUCCUCAGGAUGUUAAAGAAAAUCUAAAAAAAUCCUGGAUCUGUUGUUUUAGAUUUUGUUAAAUCUGUUAUGAAGUUUUUGCAUCGACGUUCUGAAAAUCUUAUAAACAAAUCAUACAAAUAAUAACUUUAAUGACAAAGUGCUUCUCAAUACACAGUUACAGAGUAAAAGCCCACAGAAAAAAGAAUAACACAAAAGUUUAAAAGAUUAAAAUCAGUUAACGUGUGAUCCCUUACAUUAAUAAAAACUAGAAUACAUCAUACAUGAAGGUAAAAAUCACCAGAUAACUUUUCAUAAACGUUACAUAUUUAAUGUCCCAUAAUAAUCUGGGUUGAUUUGAAGGUUUCAUCAGAUUGAAGCUGUUCAUUCUCUCCUCACACGAGUUUCCUCGGGACUGAACCUCCUGCAGAGACGAGCAUUGUGUGUCUUAUCUGCGCCUGUUGACACCAGAUGUCCUGCUGAUAGCUGCAUGUUUGACAUUUUACUGUAUCGCACAAUCACCAUAAAGUGUGAUAAACACAG